AAGAAAAAAGUAGAGUUAAAAAAAAAAGUCAAAAAAAAAAGUAUUUUUAGUUCCUAUUUUAUAGGAGAAAUUGGAUAUUACCCAUUUUGCAGACAGUUGCUUUGCUUUUCUAUUUUUUUGGGAAAUAUUUGUUAGGUGGGAAAUGGCGAAAUCAGUGGAGAAAAAUGAAGUUGUGUCCAUUGAACUUCCAGCUCCUUCUGGUUGGAGCAAGAAGUUUCUGCCUAAAAAAGGAGGUACUCCCAAGAAGAAUGAUAUCGUAUUUACUGCACCAACAGGGGAGGAGAUCACCACAAGAAAACAGUUGGAACAGUACCUGAAGUCACACCCUGGUGGUCCGCCAGUAGCGGAGUUUGAUUGGGGAACUGGUGAAACCCCAAGAAGAUCCGCAAGGAUCACUGGAAAGGCAAAGGCAACUCAAUCUCCUACAGAAAGUGAACCUGCUAAGAAACGAGGCAGAAAGUCUUCGGCUUCGAAGAAGGAUUCCAAAGACAGAGAAGUCCCUAAAGAAACUGAAGCAGCAAAGGAUGAUGACAUGGAGGAAGCUGAAAAGCACGAGAAGGACACUGCAGCAAUGGAAACUGAGAAAGAUGUUGAAAAAAAAGAAGAUGAGAACCCAAAUGAAACUCAAGAUGGAGAAAGCGAAGUGGAGAAGAAAGAUAAAAUCCAAUCUUCUGAGAAGGAUGUUGUGAAGGAGAACUUAGAUGAAGGCCAAAAUGUCGACGACAAAGUAGAAGAUGCUCAAGUUGAGAAAGAUGUUGAGAUGGCUGAUAACGUUGGACAUUCUAAAGAUGUUGAAGAGGCUCCUGUUGUUAAAGCAGCUGAUGGUCCUGACACUACUAAAAUUAACGAGGAGGAAAAGGAUGUACAGGUUCAAGAAGUAGAAAAGGUACCUACUGAAGAAGCUCACGUUGAGAAAGAUGUCAAGAUGGUUGAUAACGAUGUUGAAGAGGAGGCCCCUGCUGAUAAAACAGCUGUUGGUCCUGAAGCUACUAAAAUUAACGAGGAGGGAAAGGAUGUACAGGUUCAAGAAGUAGAAAUAUUACCUACCGAGGAAGCUCAGGUUGAGAAAGAUGUCAAAAUGACUGAUAACAUUGGACAUCCAGACGAUGUUGAAGAAGCCCCUGCUGAUAAAGCUGCUGAUGGUCCUGAAGCUACUAAAAUAAAUGAGGAGGAAAAGGAUGUACAGAUUCAAGAAUCAGAAAACAAACCUACUGAAGAAGCUCAGGUUGAAAAAGAUGUCAACAAUGUUGAAGAGGCCCUUGCUGAUAAAGCAGCGGAGGAAAAGGACGUACAGGUUCAAGAAGCAGACAAAGUAGAUUCCAGCUCCACUGAGGAAUUGAAGCAUCAGGCAGAAGGAAAGAGUACUGCUGAUCAAGAUAAUUUGAUGAACAUUGAAAUAAGUAAGGUGGAGGGAGAAGUCUGAGAAUGGCAGAAAUGCUAAUGAGGCCAAGCCUUGAGCAGCGGUUCUCUCUAACUCUAACAUUUUGCUCUUCUUGCUUCAUUUGGAUGAUUGUAGUGUUGUCAAUUAUAGAUACUCUGAUUGUUCAUGAGAGACAUCUGUAUGCAAAACUAUAGAUUUAGGUCCUAAAUAUUGCUCUGUAAGGAUUUAUCGCCUGUACCAGUACUACUGUAUGCCAUAGAUUCAGACUUACAGCAGAGACACUAGUUGUGCUGAGGUAAUUUGUAGUUGUCCAGAUCUGCAAAACUUGUUAGAACUCAGUAAUGUAAGCUUAUAAAAAGCCUGUGUUUUCUUGACUAA